ACGGAAGCGAGUGAGAUCGAUUGUUAUGAGUGCAGUGUAUUGUCGAAAUUAUACAUGGACUUAUAGCCUUACACGGAGUAUGCAUGGUUUUGGGAUGUAAACAAUUCGUUGUAAUGUUCGCUCUUGAUGUUGAGUCAAACGAAUUGUGUCAAAGAUGACCGAUGCUCGUGUACCUCGAAGAGCACAGGUUGUCUUACUAGACGAUCGUAAACUUGAUUUCUUAGUUCAGGUACGACAUUGUGGCAAUUGUCAGAAACUGUGUACUAAACGCCUUCAGUGUAAAUGUCAAAGUAAUGCUGUUUGUUUUAUACUUUUCAGCCACGACUGCUCUCACGGGAACUUUUAGACAUGGUAGCAUCACAUUUUAACUUGCACGAGAAGGAAUAUUUUGGAUUGUAUCAUACAGAUGAUAUGUAAGUCUUGUUUGCCUUUGACACUCGCUUUUAUAUCACUCAAUCUUGACAUCGGAAGAUUUGAAGCUUGUAAAUAGUCGCAUAGAUACUUGGCAAGUCAUGUAAAAGUGUGUGAAUGAACGUGGAAUAAUUUGUUUCAUGUGUAAAAGCGAAUGAAGUGAAACUCAAAUAGAAUAAUUUAACAGCUGUGAGUAUAAAGCAUACUCAUAGACUGUGCUGGGCCAGGAUAUCAUGACAAGCUUAUGACUAUAAAAGUAUAUUAUAAAUUAUGGUCGACAAAAAUAUCUUACUGCAUUACAGUUGGAUAUAGUAACAAUGUUUAAAUUUGGUAUCCGUGGUAAUCCUAUAGAAAUUCGACCUUAUUCAACUAGUAAUGUGCCUUUAUCGUAAUUCCUAAAUACCAAAAUAGACUUGAAUAUCUUUGUUGUUGCGAGCAAGAAUAGUUGAUUUUCCUUCUUGACGGAAGUGUAUAAUUGUGACAUUUUUAACUCCAAUUGUCUCUCCUCUAUAAAUAAAUACUUCCUUGCUUUUAUACGUUCUAAUUUUUAUUGUAAAUACAUAGGAUUAGCUUGUAUUCUAGAACUUCGGCACUUUCAAAUCUAUUUUAGCUUUGCUCAUGUUUACUAAUAAGUAUCCCAUUUAAAAUUUAUGUAUACAUGACUGCGGUAAAGAUCUCUGGUUUAAGUUGGCAGAAUGUGGCUUGGGUUGUAAUGUCUGAUCUGAUAAUCAUUUGAUUGCAUGCUUGGAAUUCUCUAGUAAAAUCAUGACAUUUCCUGGACAUUCAAAUAUGUGAUAUAAACAGCUAGAAAGAGUAAAUUAAGAUACCAAAGCACUGUCGAUCAGUAUCAGAGGCAGUAGAAUUUGCUUGCUUGACUGCAUAAUAGAGUGUUCAAUUUAACCAAUCUAUCACUUUUUUCUCAUACUUAUUUGGCUAAAAGAGUUUUUGUUUGCAGUGUAAAUCACCAAAUGGAUGAUUUGCUAUGUUUUUAAUUAAUUUUCAUCAUUGCUGUGAAAUUCUUCAGUAUCUCAAUGCAGCAAUCAGCAACUGCUAACAGCAAUAUCUUUCAAAUGAUAAAACAGUUCUGAAACUAAAUUUAAACAAGGAACCAAUAUAACUGUGUCAAGUCCAAUUGGAUAGUAGUUUUAGUAAGAAAUUCCUAUUGGUCAAUUCAAGUAGGAAUUUUCUAAGCACUUCUAAGGAACUUUUAUUAUCAAGUUUUAAAAUUAAAGUAUUGAAUUAAUGAAUUGUCUAAAGUUAGCAAUUGAAUUGAGCAACAUUUUUUUAUAACGUUAAUAAACGCGAGAAUAAACGUUCAUAACAAAAAGUUAAUAAACUUGGCUUGAUGACCUUAACUCAUGUAAAGUUAGGAUAGUACAUGGACGAUUGGACGUAGAUGCACAUUUAACAAAAACAGUUCAAAGAGAUAUUUUUAAAAAUGUCAAUAAAAACUCAGUGUUUUCUAAUUUGUCCAAAUGAUGAGCUAUUCAAACAUCAUGGGAUCAUUGACAAAUUAUCUUUCCAACAAAUUGUUUUGCAAAAUCUGAUACUGCUACAGUACUGGGUUAAUGAAAUAUAUUUUCCAUCAGCAAAAGAUACAGUGUGUCCAACAUAACAGCAGUUUCUUUAUAUGUACCAGAGAGCUGGUACUGUUGUGUUGCAUACAUCUUAUUUAUGACCCUAGUUCCCAGAAAUUAUUUGGGAUCUACAUUUUUGCAGAAAUUUUUACAGACAUGUUUGAUAGCUUAAAUUCUGAAAAUUAGACUGAUUAAUUAUCAGACCUGUCAACUUUGCAGACAAGUUAAGACUGAGUGAGAUUGGGGAUGUGGAUGACACCUUUGUAAAAGUCCGGGGCCGGGGGUCUGAAAUGGCAUUUCGUACAUUAUGAGAGUUGGUGUUUUUUAAUGAAAUACGUCUGCUCGUGGCUUCAUAACAUCCUUUAUUGAGACAAGGCACUUUAGUUACAAUAACUCUAUUUCUGUGACAUACAGUACUUAAUGAGUUUUAAUUUGCCUUUGAUAAUUUACAUAUAGAAUUCUGCUCCGACUGAUUCUGCCUUUUGUCUGCCGUAUUUACAUAUGCGUACUAUUUUGUAUCCAAAUUGCGGGCAAAAGCCAAAAUGUCGGGCCAUAUAUGCAGGAACAAUAACACGAGAUUAUAUAUUCGAUUCGCAAUCCGUAUAAUGAUUAAUAAUGUGCAUUUAUUAAGAAUACAAUAUUAUAUUUAAUUAUUGAAAAAAUACUAUGAAACUGCUAUAUGCGUGAGAUUAACUAAUCGUGGCGUGAGAGCGUGAGAGUGAAGCGAAUUGCGUGAGACUCACGCCGAAUGUGUGAGAGUUGAGAGGUCUGAAAUAUCUAAAUUACUGAAUACUGUAGCUUAUUAUUGAAAUGAUUGAAUACCUUUGGAAUUUGUCUACUAACUUGAUACCUAAAUUAUGUUGCAACAGUUUGAAACAAAUAACCUGCAGUAAGAAAUUUGUUUUUAAUCCUGUAAGACUGUAACUGCUAUGAUUGUCAGACAUACAGUACUGCUUCACAUGACAUUCACAAACAACAAUUUUGUUAUAUAUAUAUAUAUAUAUAUAUAUAUAUAAUUUUCGCUAUAUACUGAGCAUUGCGCAGCAAACUCAGAUGCGACAAAAGAGAAACAAACUCUUUCAAAUAUCAAAAUAUAUAUAUAUAUAUAUAUAUAUAUAUAUAUAUAUAUAUUGUAUAUAUAUAUAUUGUAUAUAUAUUGCAAUCAUUUGUAGAAAAUUUUGAGCCCUAAACCCAACUUCCCGGAAAUAAAAAUAUUUUCCACCUCUGUAUGACAUUAUUUAAUAAUAUAGUAUAAUAAUUAUAGAUUGUAAGUCUUAUUUUUGUAACUUCAAAUUGAAAUAAUUCAGAAAAUUGUCAUUUUCUAGAUGUCAGUUAAGCAUUUUACUAUUUGUUUAGACUAAAUUUUAUAAUCCAAUUUUUAAACAAAAUGUAUUAAUCAAUAUUCUGAAUGCAAACAACAUUGAAACAGGUCUUUCGUUUGUCAGUGCCAGCUUUUCAUGCAGUAAGACAAAGCCAUAUUACUAAACGUUGCAAGUUUUAACAUAUUCUAUCUGGCGCUGUGGCCUGUGGGGAACAAUAAAAAAUGUGUUGUCUUGAGUGGCUUCUAAACUAGAUCUUUACAUUCACCCCUUUAUUAUUUUACUCUGUCUAAUGCCAGACGAUUUUACUUGUCAGGGGGAGAGUGCUGCCAAUCAAUGGGUUAAUAAGACUAUCUGCCCAUGUAUCCUGUUAACCUUUUAAGUGGCAAUGUGCCCAGAAGUGCCCAUCUUUAUUAUUUUACUCUGUCUAACACCAGACAAUUUGCAGGGGGAGAGUGCUACCAGUCUUGAGUAUUUUUUCUGUGUUGGUGUUGUGUACUCAGGUGAAUAAUAUGUUUGCGAUGUUACUCUGAGUGCAUAUCCACACCGGGUGAGCUUGAAAAAUAUGCCCAGCCACGGUGGGAUUCGAACCUACGACCUUUGGAAUACUAGCCCAAUGCUCUUCCAACUGAGCUACGCGGUCAGGACGGUUCGAGUAAGUGAUAUUUCGGAACAGUAUCUAGUUCCUUCUAUACCAAUGUGUUCUUACUAAUAUGAAUUUUUCUGUGUUGGUGUUGUGUACUCAGGUGAAUAAUAUGUUUGCGAUGUUACUCUGAGUGCAUAUCACUUACUCGAACCGUCCUGACCGCGUAGCUCAGUUGGAAGAGCAUUGGGCUAGUAUUCCAAAGGUCGUUGGUUCGAAUCCCACCGUGGCCGGGCAUAUUUUUCAAGCUCGCCCGGUGAGGAUAUGCACUCAGAGUAACAUCGCAAACAUAGUCUUGAGUAUGUCUAUAAGAAACUUUUUUUGUCUGUUUGCCUUUCCAUGUCGAUAAAUAGCAAGCUCAACAAAAAAAUCCAGAAUCCGAGAGAGAAAUUUGUAGAAAAUUACAAUCAUGACAAUCCAUAAUCCAAACAUGAUUUGGGGGUAAAUCAGCUACUUUUGCAAUAAAUCUGACAUAUUGUUGCAAACCAAUACACCUUAUAUCUGCUAUUUCUGGUUAUGAGAGUAAAACGUCUUUGCAAUACUGGCCAAAUACUUGAUAUGACUCAAUAUAUAUAUAUACCAGACUAAGUUACCAUUUGACAGAAUGUACUUCCAGAGUUCUUGAUGCUUUUUUCCAUUGUCUUCAGAUAUUUUGGGUAUUUUCUAGUUAAUAGCAUAUGUGUUUAACAGACACAUACAGGUAUACAUCUAACAGAGACACCCAGGUCAAACCAGAAUCUUGAAAUAGAUGUCCCUCUCUAUCAGAUGCCACUUAUCUAAUAUGCACUCUCCCUUUAGCAAGCUCUACUGUAGUUAAAUUAUUAGUGCUAGAGCAUCAGUGUAAUGUAGUGUAAGAGCUACUGCAUGGAAAUUAACCCAUUAAGCUGCAGAGCUUCCCCAUUGACAAGUAAAAUUGUCUGGCGUUAGACAAGUAAAAAAAUAAGUAAGGCGCAUUGCGGCUCAAAGGGUUAAUAUUGAACAACUAUAUAAUGCCUCAUGCUUUAUCAGAUAUAAAGUCACUCCAUGUGACAUAUUAUGGCCGACAUGAUUUGCCGAUAAGCAGGGGUCAAUAAACUUGGAACCGAUGGUCGCAGGCACAUCAGCACGAAACAAGUUCCUUGACUUCCUUGCAUGCACAUUUUCCAGAACUUUUACUUAGGAGUUUAAGAUAUAAUAGCAUUUGACUUGAUCUUAAAAUUUCUUUUACUAUGUCUCUGAAUUCUUAAUCUGUUACAGUACUUCAGAUAUUUUGGAUAUUAGGGCCAUUUAUACGUGACAAAAUAAGUCGCGACUUACAUAAGACGCGACUUAAAUAAGUGGAGUUAUCGCAUAAAUGGUUCUCUACGGCUUUGGUCUUAUUUAUUUGCUAUAGCUAUAAUGUUGUUUUGGUUGUUCUUGUUUUAAUAUGCAAGGAAUUAAAUUUUACGUUGUUUCAAGUUUCUGGCAUGUGUAGUUAGACUUUUUGUCCAAAAUUUCUUAUUUAAGACGCGACUUAAAUAAGAACAGCUAAAAGACCUGUUGUUAUGUAAGACGCGUCUUAUCCAAGACGCGUCUUACAUAAGAAUUUUGUACCUUUUAUACGACAAACUCGCGUCUUACUUAAAGCCCGUUUUCCACUAGGCGAAUUUGUUCGCGCGAACAGAUAAAAAGUAGGAAGCGAUCCUACUUUUUCGCCGCGAAUUUUUUCGCCGACCAAUCACGUUGCCGGAUUUCGGUUUUCGCUUCGCGUCGCGCGAAAAAAUUCGCCUAGUGGAAAACGGCCUUAAGUCGCGUCUUAUGUAAGUCGCGUCUUAUUUUGUUCCGUAUAAAUGGCCCUAUUGUCUAAUUAAUAGCUAAAAUACAGUAUGUGUCUAACAGACACCCAGGCCAAACCAGGAUCUUGUAAUAGAUGUCCCUCUCUAUCAAAUACCACAUCUUACUGUGGUCUAUACAUUGAACACAGAAUCUGUUACUAUUAGUCUAUUAGUAUUAAAAACUUUUGUAAUUGACUUCAACUAGAUUUCGGUUCAUUGUUUUUCAUGAUCGUCUCGACGUUUUUUUGCAGUCCUAGCCCUAUAGGCACAAGAAAAUGUUGCCCCCUGGUAAUAAGACUAUACUUGUAUGAACAAAAUGAUUACGCACUAAGUGGAACAUUGCUACAUGUUCUGUAAAGAUCUAUUGAAGUGCUGGAAAAUGUCCAACAGCUCCAGCAACAUGUUCUGUAAAAAUCUAUUGAAGUGCUGGAAAAUGUCCAACAGCUCCAGCAACACAACUGCUGGGAAAUUUGUAACAAAACAUCUUUCCAGGGAAUGUUCUCACUGCAUGUACAUGAUGCAGGAAAUUUUUGUCAUCUUAGUAUAUGCUUGGGAAUGCCAAUCAUAUAAUUUUAAUACUUACUCUUUACAAAAGCGUUUGGCAAGUUGAGAUUGUCUUGUGUCGAGAUUGAAGUCUUAUCACAUUAUGCGGCACCCAGGGUCUUAGCUAGGAUUUUAGAUAUUCUAAUGACCAGGGCGUGCACAUGUCAAUUACCUUGAAUAGCAAAAUCACGGUUCUAUAGUUAUGCUCGCCAACAAUAAUGCUUGUGGUUGUUCUAUGCUUUGCAACCAAAUACAACGUGAGCAUACGCUCUAUAUUGGCAUAUUGCGCACUGACAUUAAAAUAUGAGUUAUUUCAGCAACUCUUGGGGGGUAUUUAAAGCCAUUUUAACACCGGCCAUACAGUUCCCAUUAUCCAUCAAAAUAUUAAAACAUCACGAAUCACUUUUGCCAAUUCAACAACAACAGUAGAUUUUACAAACUUUCUUACGACGUAAAUAGGAAGAAAUUAUGUCUGUUGUAAGUAGCACGACCUUAUUUUAUGAACCUACACGGCCUUACAGUAUAUAAAUAAUGAAACAGCGUUCAUUUAAUCUAGCCGUGUUUUCCCACUUUUGGCCGUGAUAACACGGCCCUCUAGCUAGGACCCUGGCGGCACCAUACCUUCUCUGACAUCUACACAUCCAGGAAAUUUAUAUUUGACUUACACAGGAAAUUUUUAUUUUUGGAUUUUCCUGCCAGGAAGAGAAAUAUAUUUUCUAGGCCUGGUGUAUAUUGACUGCUUGUAAUAAAAUGUCGUUUCUAUUUUUAUAUAGAGGAAAUGAAAACUGGUUAAGCCUUGACCGGAAAGUUUUAGAUCAUGAUUUUCCAAGAUAUGCCGAUCCAAUUGUAUUUUAUUUUGCUGUUAGGUGUGUAAAUUUGUAUACCGUACAGUUUUUUCAUUGUCUUUCAUAUUAUCUGGAAUGAUGCAUCAAUAUGUAAUAGAAAAUAUAAUGGAUCUUUAUUUUUUUCUAACAGGUUUUAUGUACCGAGUAUAACUUAUUUUAGAGAAAAAGCAACAGUGGAGCUAUUUUAUCUCCAAGCAAAGACAUUAAUAUUCAAGGUUAGUUUAAGUCUUUCAUUCGUUCAGUAAGAAAUGUAUUUGCAGAAACUAUUUCAUAAUUUAUAUAUCGUCUCCGAACGGCGAAAGUGACGUCCCCAUCUCUGAAAGUAGCGCUUCCAUUCAUCCAUGGUCCGUCGGACGCGGACCGAAGAAACCCGGAGAACUGCGAGGCCCAGAAUUAUUCGAAGGAGGGUAUGUUGUGGCUAUUUCCUUUUGCUGAAAAUACACCUGGCUUCUGAGCUAUGGUUAUAAUUCCGACUGCCAUUUUAUCAGCGAGAAAUAUUUGCGAAAAUGCCAACUUGCCAACGUGUCUUAGGAAUUUAUUAAAGGUAGCUGAAUGUUCCAGCUGAAACUGAACUUUGAAGUUAGUGGUUACUAACCCCCGUGGCGGCAAAGCUUUGCACCCCCAAGACGCCCCAGGACAAAGCGGCGCUUUUCAGUUUAAGCUGGGAGCCCCUGAGGUAUAUACACUUGUACACCCGCCCUGAUUCAUUCAUGAUUCAUUCAAUAUGUUAUUUCUUCAUAAAUAACUUGUUUUUAUAUUGUGUUACAAUCACUCACCUUAUAAUGAUAAUUAGAAACAGAUUGCCUGAAUUCUUUGAAUACCAGAACGAUUACAAGAUGAUCCCCAGGAAAUAAAAUAAUUCAGAAAUGCCCUCGCAGACUUUGAUCGUAUAGAUUCUGAUACAUCUUAAAUAGUGUACAAAUAUACACGUUUUCUUCGUUUAGUUUUUGUAUGUUUUCGGCUUCCCUAUGUAUCAAAUUAUUACGAACCACAAAAUUCCUGAUAAGAUAUACGCCCAAACAAGUUUGAAGCAAUGCAAACAGAUCAAGGUCGGAAAGACAUGGUUUCAUGUUACUUAAAUAUACAAUAUUUGAAAUAAAUCACUUUUCACGUUUUAUCAAUUAAGAUAACAGGAAUGAACGUUUUGUUAAAAAUAUUUAAAUAUACAUUCAAGAUACAAGAAAUGUCCCAAACCGUCCUUUCCAACGGCUAUCUUGUCCAUUUCUGAAAUAAUUGCAUCAUCCAAAGUGCUAUUAUCGGUUGGAAUGUGCUUGGACAUGAACAAUGGUAUUUCUCAGCCACCAGCGGACUGGCGGUUAUGACUGUGAAACACGUGUGGUACGCCAUAGUUUCUGUACGUCUCCGACCAAUUACAAAUAUGAUCUAUUAAUCUCGCAGCUCUAUUCAACCAUUAAUGUUUGCUGGAGAAAAAAAUUUUAAAGCCUCCGAAAAAUAGCCAUAGCUAUAAUAGUAUCACUCAAUUCUGUCAUAAAAAAUUCCUUAUCAAUUUUCAGAUAUUCUUAAGUCUGCAUUAUAGGACCUCUCACCCCAUGUUUCACGAUAACGAUGCGUCAAAAACGAGUAAAAACACCUUAGUUUUCAUAACUGAAACCCACACAUGGACGCUAAAUAAUUGACUUAAUUCACGAGCUAAUUUAUGCCUGCAAAAUACGUUAGAAUUCGAAAAUAACAUCAAUUUGUUGAGGGUUAAGUUGGGUUUUUUUUUUUUACAUUUGGAAAUCGUAUAUUAAUGAAGUUUAAUAUGUUGGAAUAAAUGGCAUCCAAACCGCAAAUUAGCAAAACAACGCACAACAGAUGGGUUUUGUGGCAUAUAUUAUGGGCAAGGAAGUGCUCGAACGGUCUAGAGGCUCUCGCUAUAAACUUCAGUAGUUUACGUAUAGUAUAAAGGAACAUGCGAACCUCUACUCAAUCUAGAUUGCAGAGGAAUGACGCCGCUCUGUGCAUGUUACUCGGCGAGUUGAGUCACCUGAUGAUCUGGGGACCACAUUUGUAUACUGAGACAGUAAGGGUAUUGGGUCAAGACCUGUCAGAGCAUACGAAAACUGUAGGUUUUCUGGAGGAACAGCUGAACCUUUGAUAACAGACUAACAGGGGCACCCCCGUUAAGGUACGUUUACACGCUGCGAUUUGUCGGGCCGAUUUUGCUCGCUGUAUGUAAAUAACCUGUCGUGAGUACUCGCGUCAGCACCUUGCGAUUCACAAAAUCGGGAGAAAAAUCUGUAACACUAACACAGAUUUUUCUCACGAUUCAACGAUUUUUCUUCCGUUGUAAAAUUGUUGAAAACUUUUCGCACGCAGAAAACUAUAAUAUAAACAGCAGUGGCGUAACUACUAUGGGCUCAGACCGGGAGAACCCGGGGGCCCCCAACCCCAAUGGGGCCCCCCAGGUUUAGGCGAUAGAGCAAAAACAUUGGCCUGGGCCUCUGAUAUGUUACAAUGUCGUUUUCUGACCAUCAGAAUUCUGUAAAAUAUCUCCCCCAAAGUCCUGGAAAUAGCAUUUCAGAGAGUCUAGAUUCAAAAAUUCUCCUGAUGAGCAUGCCCUGGACCCCCUAGAAAACUCGUGCAUAUACGGCGCUCAACUCGUGCCUUUGGCACUUCUACUAGGGGGGCCUUCGAAAAUUUUGACCCGGGGGCCCCCUGAUAUAACGUUACGCCACUGAUGAACAGACGAGAGAGCGGACAGCUUCAAUUGAACGUUUAAAUCGCUAAAUGUCGAAGAAGGGGCAUCGAUUAUUUACCAAAAUCGGCCCGACAAAUCGCAGCGUGUAAACGUAGCUUUAGUGUUGAGUACCAGUUGGACUUAUGACCACUACUAUUAGUAAAGGGUACUCGACUAUGAAAUGACUGAGACAUCGAGUCUCUAGGUGUUUUUACAUGACCUGUAAGUAUUUGUUAUAGAAAUAUUAAAUAUUUCUUAGUGUAAACAUUGCAAGGAUUAUAAUAUGGAAAAAAAUAAUUUUUCUGAUUUGAAAUAAAAGGAUGAAGUGAAGGUCAUGUUGGAUUUAUUAUUGUCAUUGAGUGUUCCAUAUUGCCAGUGACUAUGAUGCCAGAGACGCUCAAUUCUGACCAAUCAUAAUGCGAGAAAUUCAAUAGUCGCUUCAAAAUUUCGAGUUUCUACCACAUUGCGUAGAAUUUGCGGUAAGGAAAUGUUACAAAUAUAACUGAAAAGCCUGCAAUGAAAUUAAAUUGUAUCUCUGAAACAAAUACAUGAGACAAACCUCAAGUUAUUAAAUAUAGCUAUUGGAUCCCUGUAGUUUUCAGGUUCCAGAAGCGUCAGUAGUACUGUUUUACUUAUUGAACCUUAUUUAGUCGCCUGCUAGGAGAGUCACUAACUUUGAUUUCAGGAAGGGUACCAGUCGGAAAAUGUAGAGCUUUAGGUCCUCUCAAAAGCCGUAGCAAAUUAUUGAUGGUUGUGCAGAGCAUUAUUCAUUAAUAUGUUAUUGCUCGUUUGCAAUCAACGCCAUCUUGGUUGAUUUUCAAAACAUCUAAAAAUCUGUAUUCUUCUUUCUUUGUCGUAUUGUGCCAGAAAUCGUAAACUAUCCAUAAUACAGUAAGACGUUUUCAAAACAAACCAAAAAUAUUGAAGUAACUCAACUAUUUCAAUGUAAACGACUGGACAAAACUUUAGAAUCAACCAAGAUGGCGCCUAAUGACACGUAUAGUGACGUCAUGUGCAAGCAAAGAGUGCGGAGGAUAUAAUGAGCAUGUAUAUUCUGACAAUACUAGAUUCCCCUUAUUACGUUUUCGCAGCGCUUUGCAUUGUGGUUAUAGUAGUAUCACUGAUAUUCAAGGUGGCUUAUUUUUUGUCCUGACCCGUGCAAGAACUUUUAAAAAAAGCUAGGGUCAGGUGCGCGGUAGCCAACAGCAAAAUAUUCGCGAAAACAUUCAAUAGAGACCUUACAAUGUUAGGACGGCAACGCGACGGCCAAAACAAACUCCUUCAAAUAAAUGGUAGUAAUGAUAGUUCGUCGUAUAUUAUCAAUCGUAUGAAUUUAAUACAGUUUUAGAAGUUGAAGACAUGGGUUUUAUAGUUGGGAAGAGUUCUGCUAAACCCAGUUUGAAGUUGCACUUGUUGUGGCUUGGAAUGCAGCCGUUGUAUCAAGACGUGAAAAUCUGUGAUUUGGCGUUGUAAACAGAGCGAGGACAAUGUCUAAAUUAUUCAUAUAUUGUAAUUACUCAAUUCUUUUCAAUGAUCUAUUGUAUUGGUAGGCGUUGCCGUCGCGUUGCCGUCCUAAAAUCGUAAGGUCUCUAAUCGUAAGGUCUCAUUCGAGGCCGCUAUCUUUAUCAGUGAUACCACUAUAACCACAAUGCAAAGCGCCACGAAAACGUAAUAAGGGGAAUCAUCAAUUAGUCUAACUCUGAAUAAAGCCCAGUGCUUGAAACAAUCUGUAUGUAUCGGAGCGGUAUGUAGCGAAACAACUAUACCUGAAAAUCUAUGAACAGAACUUAGGCGUUUCGAGCAAAGACCCUUCGUCGGGAAAUCAGUGACUAACUUCUGACGAAGGGCCUCCACUUGAAACGUCGAAGUUGUAUUUAUAGUUUUCAGGUAGUUGUGCAGGAAUGGAUUUACUGGGGGGACGCACCCCCCUAGCCCUGGCCAGAGGGGUGUGGGGGGUUGCUAUUUUUCAUCAUAAAGCAAAAAAUAUUAGAGACAAAAUGAGAUACAAUAAUUUGAUGUUGUAAUAAAAUGAUGAUAUGCGAACUGUGAACAACAAUUACAAUUCAAAGACAGUAGUCAAGCAAGACUUUGCACUAGUGAAGCAAGUUGAUGGGCGGGCGGCACACAUGACCGACACAACUCGGCACCAGACCUGGCAGAGCACCCAUGCAUCCCCCUACCAGAUCAUGCUGGAUCCAUCCUUGUAGUCGUGUCUCUAUACAUAACUAGUGUUUGAAGGGUGACACAGCAGUCACUGACAUAUUGUCACAGUUUGCGAGAGGGCCUGUGACGCCGUUAUACCGCAAGGCAUAAAGAACUUAUUUUAAAGAAAAAGCGUUUGUCUUUGUAAUAAUUAAAGCCUUAGAGAAGAAAGAAUCACGACAAAGAAACCUCAUGUCUAAAACACUAUCAAUGAUAUUGACCAUAUUGCCCUCAAUAAUAUCUCAAUUGGGAUAUUCCAGUCUUCAACUCACACGUCAAAAAGUCCUCUUCAGAAUCAUAAUGCUCAACAUUCAUUUCGGAAUCUGUUUCCGAUUUGGACAAAGUUGUAUUAAAGUUGUGUCACAAGUUGUCUAUGAUAGUUGUACUGAUUAAAGUUGUAUAAUAUAGUUGUAUUGUUUUUGGAGGAGUUGUAUCUGUAUAUUACAUAUAUAUUACAAAGUUGUAUUAAUAGUUUUAUUAUAGUUGCAUGUAUUAUGGUGAUGGUUUGAAACGGUUGUCAAGCCUAAAGCCCAUUUUCCACUAGGCGAAUUUGUUCGCGCGAACAGUAAAGGCCCAUACAGACCGGACGCGAUUCGGCAACGCGACACGAAUUUUCAAUUAAUGACAUUUAACUGUACUAUUUUUCUAUGUUUUUCAAAUAUUCGGAACCACUUAAGCAAUUUUAGCUAAACAUUGGUCUGCAUAUCUUGUAAAAUUUUUAUGCGUUGACGGUUUUAUUUGUUUUUAAAAAUGAAAAUUCGCGUCGCGUUGUCCAAUCGCGUUCGGUCUGUGUGGACCGUAAAGGCCCAGACACACCGGACGCGAUUCGACAACGCGACGUGAUUUUUCGAUUUUCACUGACCGAUAACUUUGAUCCUAGUUUAAAUUUUCCAAAUAUUUAGAAGCGUUAUAACAUUUUGAGUUAUUUGGUCUACAUAUCUUUUACAAUUUGCUCUCAUUGGCUGUUUUAUUAACUUUCAAAAACUAAAAAUGUUUUCGCUGACCAAUGACAUUGCCAAGAUUUGUUCUUCGCUUCACGCGAAAAAAAUGGCCUAGUGGGAAAUGGGCUUUAAGUUCUACUCGAUCCGCUAGCCUCCUCAACAUGCGUCGUAUGGGGCCCCUGUGCUUAUAGGUUUAUCCGCAACUAAAUUUUACCCGCGCGCAAAGGAGGAGCCGAUAUGCACGUGACUACCGUAUGAAAAACAUAAGCGGAAAUGCAUCUUGAUAAACUGACAGUAAUUUUUAAAUCGCCUUAAAAGCCAAAGUACACUCGGAUCAACAAAAAAUUUAGCGCAGUCAACUCUUUGAGGCAAGCAUAAAAAUGUAAUAAAAAAAUAUCCUACAGUAUAACAAGAAACUUUCUUAUUUCAUGCAUUGUUUUUUUUUUUCAAUUAUAGGGUAACAUUCAUUGUGAAAGCGAUGUUGUCUUCCAGCUUGGUGCUUACGUUCUACAGGUACUUUACAUAUUACGUACUGCAUGGCCUUACCUGAUUAUAAGCGGCUGAGCCUAUUGGCCAUUUCCCAAUCGAGCAGAGGACUGGGUUUAGUCGCUUGUUUGGAGGGACAAAAAAUAAACAAUAUGCUGAAUAUGCAGCCUCGUACCCAGGCGCAAAUAACUAAAAAUAGGCACACUACAGUGCUUUUAUAUAGAUCAGUGGCUAAGUUGAGCGAGGGUGCUUGGGGACCCCCGCGCGUUCGAGCCACUGAUCUAUACAGAAACACUGUAGUGUGCCUAUUUUUAGUUAUUUGCGCCUGGGUACGAGGCUGCUGAAUAUGGCAUCUAGGAAGUUUCCUACAUUCCUAAAGUUAUUUGUGCAGCCUGAAACGCAACAAUUAUAAUAAGCCAUCUUUUAAUAUAUAUUUAGCUCGCUCACUACAACUUGUUGUCCCUCCAAACGUCCCUCCAAACAUCGACUAGACCCAGUCCUCUGCUCGAUUGGGAAAUGGCUAAUUGAAAAAGUGAAGCGGAUGUAUUGUAUACAGGGCCGCCGAGAGGUUGGCGGGGGCCCGGGGCAAUUUUUUUUAGGGGCCCCUAUCUAUAAAAUUUUUCCGGAAAAAAUUUUUUUCGGCAGAGAACAACUUCCCGUCGACAACUUUUUAGGUAAAAUUUUUUUCCGGACGAGUACGUUGCAAUUGCUUUCCAGGGACUUUAUCUCAUUUUUUCAUGCCAAAUUUCGGUACUUAGCCCAAAAAACAAAUAUCUUGUCUUUUGCGCGGAAAUAUUUAACACACAAAAAAGACUGGGGCCCAACAAAAAAUUUUCAGGGGCCCCCAGCACCUCGGGGCCCGGGGCAAUCUCCCCCCCAUCCCUGCCCCCCUCUCUGCGGCCCUGAUUGUAUACCGCGUAGAGUAUACGAAACUGUAAUUCGUCUGAGUUCGGUGGAUAAUGCAUGAAUGUUGUUUGGUGACAAAAAGAGCUUAGGCCAGAGUUUAUUUUAAGAAAAAUUUAGAACUGCACAUAUUAGGGAUGUUACGAAGCAUCAUGUGUUUGACUGAGGGGUGAAAGGAUUUUUAUCUAUAUUUAAUGUUAUAAAUUUAUAGUUAACGUUGUGAAUUAUGAUAGACUCUUAAUUUGUAUAUAGGUGGCAGAAUAAAUGUGUGGUUGGGUGGGCCAGACAAACUCUAUUCUGGUUGGGGGAGCUACAAGUAGGGGGUGUUCCCCCAAAUUUGAAUCUAGAGGCUCGUAAGUUCUGGCAAGGAUUUGUUUCACCCGACCACCCACAAAAACUAUUUCAAAACAUGUAACUGGGAAUCAGGAAUACUCAAUAUAUAAUAACCUUAAGCAGCAAAGAAUAUUAGGUUCUCCCACUCUAAUCUCUUUUGGAUGCUUCGUUCGCCCCAAUUUUACCUCCUGUUCCAUUACCCCAGCACGUAUGUCCUCUCCCAGAAAACGUUUCAAUUUUUGAUGCUGAAUGACAGCAUUUCUGGCAUCUGGAGCAUCCACAAGGAAAACGAGUAAAUGAGAAGACUGUUUUGAGGUUAUAUUUUUGUUAAUUUGGUGACUGCACAUUUGAGUUUUAAGAACUGCACAAAUGGGUUUAGAACUGCACAUUUUGUGUAGAACUGCACGUUAAAAUAAACCCUGGCUUAGGCUUUACGUAAGUCCGCAGAAAUUUGUAUCGGGUCGUGAUUUUCUUUGCAGUGUUUCUCUCAUGAAUUGAAUGAUAUAAAUAAACUACAGUAUAAAUACCCUUCCUUGAGUACACUAUAUCCCCCACAUCUCUUGUGAAAAACUUUUUCUCUUGUUGUCCAUUCCACUGACUAAUUUACCCAUACUCCGUACUAAUAUUUUCAUUCUUUGUUUCAAGGCGACAUUUGGUGAAUUCACAAAGUAAGUAUAGAACGAUUUCUCCGCUCUUUUUUGUAUCAACUCCCUCCCCCCCCCCUCCCCUCCCCUCCCCCUGGUCUAAGAUUGUUUACAUGAUUCAGCUCAAACGAAACUCGAAUGUUAAGUUGAAGUCCAUGCAGUUCCGAUGUAAGAGGCUGUUUUUCAAUGCAACAUUUUUCUCAUGAAAAUCAAACUGGGUGGACGCUACUCACGUUUGCGUGAUUGAGACGCUUGGAUUUAACUAAUCUCAAUACACGAAAACGAGGCUCUAUAUAGCCAAAAUGACAUACUUUCUGGAAAGGUGUAUUAUUUGGGAUUUAGUGAUGUCAUAAUUUUCAACAAGGUUAAUUGAGACGACAUCAGUACUCUGAAAACAUCACACGUGAUCAUAAGUUUCCUAUCCAGUAUCCAGUGUCUUUAUGAUCCAUAGAAAAACUUCUACUGUACGUCAUUACUACUACUAGUAUCGUAGUACGAUAUAUUUCGGUGAUCGCUUUCUUAAUUUUGGAUUUGUGCCUGGGACUCAGCACCGGUAGGCUGUUACGGUAUUGUGAAAAAAAAGAGAAUACCGAUAUUAAAAAACCCGAUAUAAUAUCGGUAUUUCGAUAUUUUUCUAUUCUUGAAAGUCACUAAGCCGUAAACCGCACAAAAACAAUCAGUGGUUCCAAUUUCCGAGUACACGUUAUUCAACAUUCCAGGAAUUUCACGGCUGUUGACAUCUUCAGACGAAACAACUACCGACUACUUGGAACUUUCUAGUUUUAUGAGCAUCACAGAAUGCUUCUUCUGAGAAGUGUAAACGUCGAAAAGUGUUAUCUACAAGCUGUUGCAUGUGCACGCUCAAAUCGGCUCAACACGGAAAAUGCCAAACAUACUUCAUUAUUUUCGGUAUGUCGAUGUGUCGAAAAACCAAAUAUGGAAUAACCGAUAAUUUAAAAAGCCCGAUAUUUAUCGAUAUAUCGAUACUGCAACAGCCUACUUUACGGCUAUACAUAAACUAUUUCUCACUCAUUCGUACAUCCGCAUGUAUAUGUAAACAGUAACUCCCCCUCUCCUGGACGUAUUAUAAAUGUCUAGAAAGAACAGCGUGUUUAAUUAAUGCCUCUCUGUUACCAUGCAAGUACAAGUAUUUUGAGAAAAAAGUAUCGCAAGAAAAUUCCAAAUUUUGACUGCGAUGAUUGUUUGUUUAUAGUGAAAGUGCUGCAAGAAAUGAUAUAAAGAAAGUGCCAAUUUUACCAACAAGGACGUUAAAAGAACAUCCGUCGAUAACUUACUGGUAAGUAUGCAUGUAAAAAUUGAAGGUGAAGUCAUUGGCCAGUUGAUGUCACUCUGAGUGUUUCCACACCCGGGCAAGCUGAAAACUUCGCUUGACUGCGGUGGGAAUCGAACUCGCCACCUUGGACUAUAGCAAAACAACAGGGUCAUAGCGACCAGGGGUGUAGAGGAUGUAACACCCCCAAUAUAUGUUCAUGAGUAAUUUCUAGGUGAUUUAAGCUGAAAACAGGUAAAUUAAAAAGCAAUUAAACAGGUAAAUUAAAUUUUACAGGUAAAUUAAAAAGCGUUGGAAGGUUAACGUGGAAGUUAAAAGUGAACGCAAGCUUAAGAAUGCCAAAUUUUACUCGCAUUUCUGGGCCUUCUGCAUGAUGGUUUAAAUAUUCUAAAUUUUCUGGGGGAUUAGCCCAAAUAGAUUUAGUCUGUAUCUCAUUGUGCUAAUAUAUUCUUUCGAGAGAAAAACAUUUUAUUAUGAAAUAUUAGAGUUUGCGUUAACCGGAAGUGCGUGCGCAUGAAUUUUACCAGGAAUUUUCAGCAAAUACUAGAAAUACAGAGGACGUAUUACAACUUAAAGCGUGCGAAUUAAUAAUAGUAGUUUGCAGCUUCUUUUUUGUACUAUGUAUUAACUGCAUUUGGAAUAGGCAUUGCCUAUCGACAUAGUGCUGUGCAAACUCCGGUUUUUCAUCUCCGGCUCCGGCCGAAUUACAGCUCUGAGCUCCGGCUCCGGCCACAUCAUAAAAUAUUAAAUAAAUGUUUUACGAUCAGAGAACAUUUAUUAAUAUUAUUAUGAAUAACCCUUUUCGCGCUUCCUAAUUAUCAGAUAACAUAACUCAGGAAACAAAACAGUGAAAACACUUAACCACGCAGAAAAUAUCUAUAUGGAAACCAGCCUCGAAAAAUCUUUGACACGAGGCAUGACGCGAGGCAUGACGCUAACACUCUCAGACUCCACAGCGCAAUUGUUCGCACGCAAACAAAGUACUCUGUCAUUUUCAAAAGGUUGAUAUUUAUUUGUUUUGUACUUUUUCGUUAUCUACAAGGCAUGAAAUACACAGACUACAGUAUGUAGCGCUAAGUCAGAUGGCUUCAUGAAAGCAUGACGUUUGUAAGUUGCGAUCGUAUUACAGCUUUUCGACGCUGUUCCUGUGGGUUGUGGCAGUUUGAGUCUAUGAUGAAUUCAUUAACAGCAAUUGGCAGUUUGCAGUAACUAACAAUCGUUUGACAUUUGUCUCAUUUCAUAUUGUUUUCUUGUCAUUUUGCCGGAGCUGGGAAAACGUAACUCGGGCUCCGGCAUACAAAAUUCUGCUCCGGCUCCGGCGUCGGAAAAACUGCCGGAGCUCCGGCAGAACUCCGGCUCCGGCAACUCCGGCGCACAGCACUAUAUCGACAUUUUGUCUAUCGUACAAAAGGACCCAAAUUUCCCUCUGGCCCGAGGGCCCAAACCAUGCAUGGCCUGCAGUCCGUCCCCGGUCGCGGGUUCGAUUAAAAUUAAGCAAAGUUUUCAGCUUGCUCAGUGCGAUGUAAUAUCAUCCCAAAUUAGUGGAAGUACUUCGGUCAAACUUUGUGUAAAUUAUUGGUAGAGAAUAAAAAAAAAAUUGUCUAAUACUGUAUUACCUACAGAGCUCGAAACAGUGCGGAAAGAAAUGCUUUAGAGCAUGCACUACUUUCCGUUAAUUAUCACAACAAUUUUUCUCAGCGCUCCUUUCCGUUUUAGUAUAACAAUAGUUCGACCAUUGAUGAUAAUUUCACUAGUUCCGUACGUAUGUUAAACCUAAUGUUUAUCAUGUUUCUUUCCUCAGUGAAGAUAUGGUUAUUGGACAUUAUCGCAAGUUAGAGAAAAUGAGAAAAGGGCAGGCUAUUGUUGAGUAAGUAUAUCAGUCGAUCUAUCGGUUUAGAUGUACUUCAGCUGUUUGUUUAUAGGCUAUUCACAAUGCUUUGAGUUUCGUAUAUUUGACUACCGAUAUGUGGAUAUAUAUCACAUGGUGUGAUUUAUCUCUUGAGUAGUUCGCAAGAAGGGGCUUCGUAUAUAACAUCUGAACUAAGUCAUUCCAUCUUUCCAAAAAAAUGAUCUGGUGAUCGUCAUUACUUCGAUUAUACUGUAGUUAUAGUAUGCCAACCCAGGCGUUACCCAAUUUCCAGCCAAUGGUUUGAAUUCCAACACCACCACAGGGAUCAUACUCACCUAUGUGGCUAUGACAAACCUGGGAUAAACCUUAUCAUAAAGAACUACAGCUAGCUAGUAUAGUGUUUUAGAUUUAAUCCAGUAUAUAUAUACGAACUUGGAUUAAUUUCCACAGUGUUUAGUGGGCGUGAGACAUACAUUACAAACAAAGAUAAACAUGCUUGCAUGCGUCACCAAGUAUAUAAUUUGUGGUUAAUUCAAAGCCUAAAUCAUUGUGUAUUCUAAAUCAAGACCGGAUUUUGGCGGAAAUGGUGGGAGAGAUGGAAAAUUUAGGGGAAGUGCAACGGUGUAGCUCACGGUCCCCAUAGAAUGUCAAGGCUUAUAUAUAAUGUAUCCCCCUUAAGUCAAUUGCGUGCCAUAUGCAUGUGCUUUAAUUUACAUAUGUAUAUCAGUGUAUAUAUGAAUUAUGACUGUACGACUCGUCCAGUUCUGCCCUUCAUUAUACAACUACGAAGUUUCUUUCGAAACAUUGCAUUAAAAUGGUACUUGACACAGAGAUAAAUGUCCAUCACUAUUUCAAAUUUACAAAAAAACUUUCUUGCAAAGUUUAGACCCUAAGCAACACAUAAAACUUUUGAUCUAUCAUUUAACCUUUCCCAUGCCAGUGGAGACGCAUGACUUUUCAGGGGAGGUGCAAGAAAUCUCAGGGGAGGUUCAAAACGAUCUCAGGGGCGCACCACCCCACACUUCCCCUCAAAAUCUUCCCAUCUUCUAGAUCAUGUCUUAGCCCUUUAAAUGGCUUUAUUUAUUUGGAGUGUAUGCAUGUAAUAUGUCUCUGUUGUUCCUUUUAUGGAUAUAACAUGUUAUAUUAUUAUAUUGCUAUUUCUAUUGUUAUUCAAACUUGUAAUAAAGCUCUCUUUCAUUUACGUAUGGGCGUGUAAGUACUUGAUGUAAAUUGCACUCUAAUUAACUAUACUUAACAUAUUUUCUUGCUGCAUGUAAAAUCUUCUAGGUAUGUUGACUAUAUGUUCGUGCUUAAGCUAGUUAAAUAAUAUCGUUUGUAGUUUACUUGCUUAGGACGCAAUCGUUGAUCGAACAAUCGUACAACGUGUUAUGAUUACGUUUUGCAUACAGUGUAAAAUAUAGUUCAGUGUAACUCCUGUAGCGUCAGUUCAAACAAGGCCACUCUUCGUCUUUCUUUGCCAUGUACGUCAUCGUUUUAUUGAACUUCUUAAAUCUUUCAUUAACAAUAUCAUUAAGUUGUUGUCAAAAGACUUUCAUUUAUAAGCGUCGUAAGUAUUGUCGCAAAAUCAUGUUCAAUUACAAAGAAACGUUUCAGACAAGUAUUGGCACUGGACCUCUGAGGAUUGCAAUUUUUUUCCCUGACUUUUUUGCCCAAAGCCUACGAAGUAUCGAAAACUAAAAUGUAAGAAACGAGAAACAAUUCAGCUGCAAAGGCAACCCAUAUAGUGAAUACUAUGAAUAACAAAUAUAAGUAAUUAUAACUGUAUAUGGCAUUAUUGGUGUUUACCCUGGCAAUAUUGCUUUAAGUACCAUUUAAUUUUAUGUCGAUAUGGAAACCGCCAUUUUUAAAGAGCUCCAAGCCGUUACGAAACUUGCACUUAAAAGCUCUCUUUAUAUAGUCUUUCGAUAAUAUUGCACGAUUGCAUUGCAUGAGUAAACAUCAAGUUUUUAUAGCUUGUAUAAUCAACACUGUUACUGAAGUUUGCGUGUUAAACUGCACUGAUAUACGCUACUAUACACUACGCGGUAGAGGUCUAUAGCCGUAUUGAGAUCUUGCGUCAAAAAUGGUUUACGAAACUACGUUAAGGUAAAUAUGUGCCUGGUUAUAAUCAACAUUUCCCAUGUUAGUCAAUCAACUCUUGCCUGCUUGGAUCAUCAACGUAUGUUUGGUGAAGCUAUAUAACUUUGCUGAAGUCUAUGACUUCUUUUAUGUUCAUAUCGAAUUAGUGGAACAUGCAGUCGUUAUUCUUUUACUAUGACGACUUUUAGUUAAUUGCUUUCGAAACAAAUAAAGAUGGUACAACUGUAUGAAUUAAUGCUGGUACAGAUGGUACAACUGUAUGAAUUAAUAUCAUAGAUUCACAAUAAUUUUUCUUCUUAGAUAUUUGAAUAAAUUUCGUAGCAUACCAACGUACGGUGUCCACUAUUAUGAAGUUAAGGUAACUCGUCUUCUGAAAUACUAAUAUAUUUAAUAAAACUAGCAUUCUAUACUGCGGUAAAUAUUGCAUAUUAGCGAGUCCAUGUCACACGAGGCAACUUGCACUGAAGCAAUUUCUGGUGUACUCAGAUAAGAGGUAUGUUAUCUUAGAAACAGGUUCAGAGAAAUUUUAAGCAUGGUCCAGGGUUUAUUUUGCCGACAUUUUUCAUUCCAUCCCUAAAAAGUGCCCGGCGGCAGAGUAAAAUACAAGCCAUGUUCACAUUUUAUCGAUGAAUGAUGGCAUAGCUUCGUAUUCGAAAUUACAUUGCAAGUUGCAGCGCAAAUCAUCUCCUAACGUUUACAAGGGCUUAAUAAGAUGAUGAAUUUUACAAUCAUGUAGUGUUUUGUAUAAUUUAAUGACUAAUGUGUUGAUAUUUUGUUUUUCGUGCAGGAUAAAGGAAACAUUCCUUGGUGGCUGGGUAUGAGUCCCAAGGGCGUUGGUGUUUAUGAUCAUUCAGAUAAAACCAAACCUAGAAAGGUCAGUCAUGUUAAUAUAUUUUGCUAAAAUAGCAGAUUUAUAAACAUAGGACAACAGAAGAGUAAAUGAGUUAAAGAUCCGGGCAUCGAAGGGUUUGCCAGAUAAAUAAACUAAGUGAUGUUUUCCGCUGGUGCUUGUACCCUAUAUGCUUCACUUAAAAUCUCAGACUUUGCUUUCGACUUUUCUAAUUAAUUCGGCUUGGAGUUUUAAUUGCGAGUUUGUGUUCAUGUUGGAGAUCUUCGCAGCGGUUUUCGAGUUGUAUUUUUCUUAGCUUUGUCCAACUACGCUUUAAGCUUCCCUGUCGGCUCUGUGACACAGGGUACUGUCGGCUUCGCCAAUAUCACUUUGAUUUCCUCAUUCCAUGCUUCCAUUUAUUCAAGGUUUAAUUUCGCAAUAACUUUAAACCCUCAACGGUAUUUUUUUGUUUGUUGGUCUCACUAACUAAAUCUUUUAGUGUUUCCUGUUGUCUUCCUAUGGCUAUAAGCUUAAACUUGCCUCCUGGGGCCGGUUGUUCAAAGGUGGAUUAGCGCUAAUCCAGCUUUAAAAUUUAACCCACUGUUUUAGUUUGCAUACUUCUGCAUGUCCACUUAUUUCAUAAUGUCAGAAAAGAAAAGUUCUAUUGAUCCAGACACGGCUUAUAAAGAAAUAUUUCCAAAUUUAUAAACAAGCUGUCAGGAAGUUUCCUUUGAAUUUUAAGUUAACCUAGGGUUAAGCUAAUCGGCUUUUGAACAACCGGCCCCUUGGAAGUUUGUAUGUUAUUUAUUGUUUGUUUAUUACACAUGAAUGUCAGUCGUAUCGGAGUUCUCAUCUGCGCAGCCAAAUUAACUUUUUCAAGUUAUACACUAUAAUUUAGUUAGGCCUGUUUUGGCGGGGUUUGCAGGUUGUCUGGAAUUCAGAUUUGAAGCCUGCAUGGGGAUGGGAGUUUGGAUAUAAAUGUGUCUUUCAAAAAGGACAACCUACCAAUUAUUACAGCCUGCAAUUCGCCCGCGCGUGGAAAGCCAAAGAACUAUAGGCUAUCAUGUCAAAAGUGGGCAAAAUUAAAGUCCUGUGCAGGCUGUGCUUUGUGAGAGGAUUAAUCUCGGGUUAGCACUAUCGCGAACUAUUGCUUGAAUGACGAAUAUAUAGCUUUCUUAUGUUAAUUAAAAACAUGCGAAUAAUAACCUCAUUUUCAAUGUGGUGAGAAAAGUGUUAAUCAUUGUACAAUAACAGGUUGUAUAUGGUCUGACAAUGCACAAAGAUAUUGCAAAUGCAUCAAAAGCCGCAGUCCGACUGGAAAAUGACACUUCCAUAGUAUAUAUACUGUGGGAAUUCUAUGACUAUAUAGAAAUUAUAUGAAAAAUGGUUAGAAAUUCAAUUUCCAAAGUUUUGCAAACUCCCUUGGUAUGGAAAUUUUCCAGAAAAAGCGUGUGGAAAUUUUCCAUAAAACCCAGAAAGGUUGGAAAUGUUUCAAAUUUUCUAAUGUUCACACGUUACAUAAAUUGUCUGGGGCAAGUGACUAUAUAUAUAUACACAAUAUAAGACGCUAAAGUUCACGUCAAGUAUUAACCAAUGUCAUUCCUGGCUCUGGUAAGCAGAGCCAAUGAAUUAAGAACACUAUAUAUACAACAAGAGGGCAUCGAAACGUUUGACCGUGUGAAUGCCACGAUUCUUUAAACCCAAUAUAAGGGGACGGUUGCAUGCAUGUCUGUUAACUUUCUGCUAUUAAAGUGUCUUUGUACUAGUUUGUUUGCAUCUUGAUCAGAGCGUGUGAAAAUGUAAAUCUUAUUGUUAUUGUAAUUAGUCUUUAUAUUCUGGGGAAUACAAAUAUUCUAAAAUAAUUUCUUUUUCAAGGUCUAUAAAUGGCUUCAAAUUGAAAACCUUUACUUCAAAGAGCGGAAAUUUUCAAUUGAAAUAAAAAAUCUCCGCAAGUAAGUCUUAUGCACAUUUUAUAAAAUAUAUAUUACAGUUAAUAUAUUUGUAUACUUAAAUUAUUGCACGUAUAAUUAUUAGUAUAAAUUCCCAUGCAUAUUUCAUGUUGACCAUGUUUCAGUAAUUUAAUAAAUAUUUGCGUGUAUUGAUUUUUGUUAACAUCUGUUAAAAGUUAUCUGUGUCUGUUUUUGUUUCUUUCCUUCAACCUUCGUCGGAAUCUCAAAAAACUUUCAAGUUUGUUUUUCUAACUGAGUCUGAGAACCGUUAUGUUUUCUAGACACAACUGACAACUUACCAACUUGGUUGUUGUUGAAACGAAUUAAUUUCAUGCUUCUUAUUUAAUAGAAUUUCCGAAGUAAGUUUGGAUGGUGGACGUCAAAGGUAGGUUGACAUUACCGACAUUAUACUCAUUAGGAAAUCAACAAUUCAUCGGUGAAAUUCAUAUUUGUAUACUGCAGGCACAGAAUGAGGAUCUACUGCAUGCUUCAGUAGCGCUGUCUCAGUGAACUCCAUGCAUAUAUAUCUGGAGCAAGAACUUCAGUCAUUCGGCCUGUGAGAAAAGUGAAGCCAAGAUUGGCGGCCAUUGACGUCCAAUAGCUUUUUCCCAGCUAAUUCCAGUUUUUUUCUAACCGACUGUAUCGCUAAUCAAGUUAUCAGUUCGUAAAACCUUAGUGUUGUUCUUUAAAUCGAUGUCAAAAUACGAAAUUUCGGCACACUGCUUGCCAGGAUGGCGGUCAUUGAAGGAGCUAUUGGACGUCAGUUCCAGUCUCUUUCUAUUGUUUUUGUCUGCGCGGUUAACACGAAGCUGGCUUCACUUUUUGGCCCCGAGUUCUCGCUCCAGAUAUAUACGGAGCUCACUGCACUUUUAACCUCUCGAGUGUUGUAUCUAAUUAGUAAACUAAACCAACGAACCAUCUUUAAGACUUGAGUAUACAGAACAGAACUACCGAUCCAAGCAAUCAACAAGUAUUAAUCCAUGACGGGGCUUGUAGGCCCGGGCCGUGAUGAUAAUAUUCCCACGCAACUAGUUCUGCUGAUUUAGAAAACGAUAACGAACGUGCAACAAGGCUCAUAAAUUUCUGGACCUUUGGAAUCCACUUAAGUCCAGCAGCCUCUUUGUCGACGUUUUGCGCUCCUCCCGUUUCUUUAUUUUGGUUGAGAAGGUCAGCGGAAAUAUCUACUAAUUAUGGCAGUACUUCAUGAAUGCUGAACAGUGCGCAGUUAAAUUGCGUGUAGGCGUUACGGUGAAGGUCAACGCUCAUGAAAACCAAGCUAGAAAUUAUAGUUUUUAUAUUAGCUGCCAAUAUCAAUAUCUCAUUGCUUAAUUAUAAGGACAAAAAAUAAUAAUUCUAAUAAUAAAAAGUGCAUUAUCUGAAAAUCACGGGCCAGCCUCGUAAAAGCCUGGGCCUGUGGUCUUUAGCCUACUCAGUCUACUCAAUUUAUCCUUGCAAAAUGAAGUGCUUCCAAUGAAAACCGUAAUGUAUUUUUAGUAGUUUUAAUAGUUCUCGUCUAUGAAACCUGCAGCAAAUUUGUGACUGUUUAAUAUUAACUCUUAAGAAAAAAAAGAAGGAACUGGAAAAAAGCUGCGUCCCCGCGUCAAUUCUGGACAAACCCACUGACCAGGCAGAAACAAAAUAUUUUUGGCAGUUUUACGUGAUACGCGACCAUCUCACACAAAAAGGUUGAUAGAAAUAGUUGUUUGGCUAAUAUUUAGGCGCGGUUACUAAUUCAAUAUCAGAAACGACAACAACUGAACAAAGUCUGCCAAUGCGAUGAGUCAUCGUAUAUAAUUAUAAGAUUCGUGUGUCGUGAUGGAAUUUGGCGAGCUUUAUGCGGUUGUUGACAUUUCUGAUAUUGAAUUCGUAACCGCGCCUAAAUGUCAAAAACAACCAGUGUUUCCACUUCUACAACACACAAUUUUGUGUUUUGCUCAUAUUUUUUCCUUAUUUUGAACAAACUUUCCUUCACCAGUUUUGAAAAUUUCCUUAAAAUUUCUUUCUGUAAUAAAGUGUUUAACAUACAGGGGCAGGUUGUAUAAAACUCUUAAUCACUUUUUUAAUCACUAUUUUGUAGUUAAAUAGUGAUUAACUCUCAAAUAGGCGAUUCUUAUUGGAUGACGUUUAGCCACUUAAUUAUAAUUAACUUUAUUAUAUAAACAUAAGUGUUAUAUAGAGUUUUUGGCCAAAAUCGUAUUUAAUUAAACACACGUAAAAAAUACGAUAUUUUUACGUGUGAAAAUAUCAUUUGUUGUAAAACGCAUUGCCACGGACGUUUUAUUGUUUUUCACUGAAUUUUGUUUAUAUAAUAAAAAGAAAAAUACAUGGGUGCUUGGAAAUACCAGAUUUAUUUCUCGUGUUGAACAUGAUAUCUCACUCGUUCGCUGCGCUCACUCGAGAGAUAUCAUGUUCAACACUCGAAAUAAAUCUGGUGAUUUCCGCGCACCCAUGUAUUAUUCUCUAUUUAAUCACUUUUUUAUACAACCGGACCCUGGUAUUUAACUAUUAUGCCAUGCUAAAGCACAGUUGUCAAUUGCAUAAGCUUACCCGGCGUGCACACAAGCAAAAUUGUUGAAAUGAAAGAAGAAAAAAACAACCAAUUGGGCGCUAAUUAGAUCACUCAUAGCAAUGAACACGUGACUCAACAUCACUGAACUAUAUACAGUAACUGAAUAAACUGACACAUAUAUACAUAUGGAACUGUAAAUAGACUAUAUUACUUAUAACUCAGUGGUCAUACAUUAGUAAAUAUGAAAUUUUCUUCUAUUUUCCUUCAUAAUUCAAAAUUUCCUUCUAUUUUGGAUUUCCUUUUUCCCUUCCAAUUGCCAAAACGUCCUUAAAAAGUGGAAACCCUGAAACAACUAUUGCUAUCAGCUUUUUUGCGUGAAAUGGUCGCGUAUCACGUGAAGCUGUUGUAACCCUAAGAGGCUGCACCAUUUACUGUUCGGAGUACUCCGGAUUUUCGGAACACUAAUUGAAUCGAACCGAAAACGGUCACAUGACUGUUCUGACUGCCCUUACUCUAAAGUAAAGGCAGCCAGAACAGACAUGUGACCGUCAGAACAGUCAUGUGAUCAUUGUUGGUUCGAUUUAAUUAAUGUUCCGAAAAUCCGGAGUACUCCGAACAGUAAAUGGAGCAGCCUCUAAAAUACGCGAUCCUGAUUGUUAACUGCACCUUCGUGUUAACCACGUUUGUUAAAAAUAUCAUAUUCCGUGCAGAUAACUAUUUUAAAAGAGCCAUAAACAUGUUUAGUUUCAUAACGAUUGCCGCAGUUCUGACUAUACCCUUAAAACUGUCAAUGUAGCCUUAAAGGUGACGUCACAUUCGAGUGUAUAAAAUUAAAUUAUUAUAUGUGAGAUCAGUUCGAUUCAUCUAAUUCUUUUCAUGUCAUAUACUGUAUGUAUUGAUACAGUCCAAAACAAUUUUGAUGUAUCUGAUAGUAUUGCAUUUUAUGAAACUUUAAAUUUGUCGCACAGAUAGUGAUGAUAUUCGUUCACUUGUUCUCACUUAUUAGUCCUUGACAUUUUUGGAUGAUACAUAAAAUAUUAUAAAAAUUGUUACUUUUUGCUUGUAGUUUAAUGUGCGCUGUAUAUGUUUUCAAAUUCUAGAAGUAACUCGCUGGGUCGUCGGGUGAAUGGUCAAAGUCGUGUACUGUUGCAUGCUUGGUAUGCAAGCACAACUGUACAAGCGAAAGCAAUGUGGACGAUGGCAAUUAGUCAACAUCAGUUUUAUUUGGAUAAGCGAGACCAAGAAGUUAGUAUAAAGCCCUGAUUCCACGAGCGCUUUUUGUCAGCGAAAUGCGAAAUAUUUCGCCUGUUUCUUUUGAAUUGCGACCACUCGAAUAAAUUAUUUCUACUUGAUUGCUCACAAUUCAAAAGAAACAGGCGAAAUAUUUCGCAUUUCGCUGACAAAAAGCGCUCGUGGAAUCAGGCCUUUACAUAGUCUAUAAUGUGUUCUUAUCUUUCGCAAACAUGGGUUGCCCCAAGAACCAUUUCAUCAGGCACAACAGGUAUAUGAAACACAAUCCCUGGAAAUGUUGGCUUUUCCACUAAUGUAUGUUUACCCUAUCUAUAGGAAAUCCCCUGUUGAAAACCGUCAAGUUUGGGGUUUCUCAAUUUCACAUUUUGAAAACUACGAAACUCAAUUUUAGAACUGCCAUUUUAAAUUGAAAAGAACCUGUUUUAUUAUUAUAGAACCGCCCAUCUUGGAAUAUGAGACACCUUAGGGUGACCCCUCCACUGACGUUAUUUCUAUUCGUCAUGUUUGUUCCGUUGAUUUCCAAAGCAAGUGCACGUAGAGUACGAUACGAACAAAGUACAGUAGAUCUGUCCCAUGGGUACUUACAUGCGGGUUCAAUGUCGGCUGCAGUGUACCUUUGAGAAACCGUACGUGUUAUUACUCGUUAGCAUGAAGAUUAAAAAUAUUUCGAAGGCCAUUGUCAGGGGAUGUUUACGAAGCGGUUUACUCCUUUUCAAGCGGAGGAGUUUAACAUUCAUUGCAGAAGUGGAAAAAAUAACGGACCAUUCCAACCUGUGCCUAAUAUAUACACUGGAGGCAAGCUACCUUAAAACACAAUUUCAGCAGUAUAGUUUUGGCUUUAUAAAUAUUAUUCAAUCCAAUGGAUGUAUAGCAUCAGUUUGAUACGUUGUCACAAUGAUAUAGUUUAAAAACAGUUAAAGUCCUACAAAAUAGAAUAUUUUUCCACCCUUGAACCACGAUUUCUUGUUCAUUAAACUUAUUUUGACUAACUACGGUAUCGACAUCAUGAAAGUAUAAUUCGCUGUAACAAUUUCUUCAAGGAAAAGUUAAAAACUCCGAGAACAUUAGAAGACAUUGCAAAUGAAUUAUCUCGUUCAAGCGGUUCACUAAAUUCAUCUAUGGCGUCAGUGAUAUCAGAUUCAAGUGAACCCAGUGAAAGUGGGCAUUCAUCUAAUGGAGGUAAAUUAUGCUUAGCAAGAAGUGGAUCUAGCUUGAUCUUGUCGCAUGAUGGGGAAACGGACGCUUAUCAUGGAGUGUCAGCCUCGUACCCAGGCGCAAAUAACGUACUAAAAAACAGCAACACUACAGUUUUUUUUAUAUAGAUCAGUGGCUGAGCGAGCGCGCGGGGGUGCUUGGGGAGGACUUGGGAAGCGAGGCGCCUGGCAGAAUUUGUAACAAACAUGGCGGACAUGCAAAGAAGGAAAUUGCUGUACUAUAUAAAUGAAAUUGAAAGGCUUGCCUAACGAGCGGUACAUUUGGGAAAGAUUUUAUGUCCAAAUUAUCACUGCGUUGAUAAUAAGGAUUUUUCCUCGAAAACGGUAUUUUAAUUAAAGGUCUCCUCAGGAGACCAGCCUCUCGAAAUUAGAAAGUCUGCUGGUCAUGAGAGAACUCGAGAUUAUUGAACAUUCUAAAAA